GUUGCAUCCGUAACGGGAACACCCGCGGUGAUUCGAGGCGGGGGCAGCCAAAAUUUGAGUCGACGAUUUAGUUAUCGGUUAUCAUCCGUACAACACAAAUCGACGCGCAUACUCGAGAUAGCUUAUCGAGUGGGCACAUCGGGCACAUAUACGCUUCGAUACCGCGCUGAAUGCUGCGGCCCAUCCGUCCGCCGUCGCUGCACCGAAAGCUAGCAGACAGGGUAAGUGUACGCGCGCGCGUCCCCCCUGCGUUAGCCCUCCCCGCACGCCAGUGUACGUCCACCAGUAGCCACGGAUGUAUCUGUGAACCCGCUGCUGGUAGCAGUGUACAGGAGUUGUACGGUAUAGUGUAUCAGACGACAUCCAUCAGCCAUGAAGUUUUCGGAGGGUGAUCGGGUUCUUGCGAAAGUGCCCUCCACCCAGGAGUUCGAGGGGGCGAGAGUGAUCAGCGCCAGGGGCGGCAAGUACAAGGUGCAGUUCGAGGGAGGCUCGGAGCAAACGCUCGGCGAGGCCGAUGUCAAGGCCAGAAGAACCUCGAGGAGCCAAACGAGGUCCAAGACGAGAGUCGGUGCAAAAAGCCCCACGAGAAAUUCGCCCGGGCGAAGGUCACCGGGACGAAGAUCUCCCGCCAGAGCGCCCAACACGCAGUCCAGAAAACUGCCCGUACGGCAGCCGAGGCAGCCUAAAAUUUCCAUCCCAAGAUUAGAAAUUCCAAAAGAUAAUUCAAGCGAUACCGAUAGAACGGAAGGAUCAGAAAGUUUGAAAGAUGAGUUUGUUGAGCCAAGUAUGAGAUCGAACUAUAGAGAGCUUGGUCCCGUCACACGACGCUCCAUUCGUAUCAUGUCAAAUGCGUCCAAAGCAGAACAUGACCAAAAGUUGUCAUUACUGAAAGGUGCCGAUCGGUCAGCGUCGCUUCCAGCUGAAAGGAAAUACGAUGCUUCAUCCGAGGGGAAAGAGAGAGGCUUCUCAAUGCAACCCGACGAUGACGUGUUAAUACUGGACUAUAAAGAUAAGGCUGACGGAGAUUCUGGAGAAAAGCGUAAAAAAAUUAAUCUGAUUAGUAAACCACAAGAGUGGGGUGGCUGGUUCGGAGCGCUUCUACUGAUACUCUUUACUCCAGUUUACGCCCUUCUGUUGCAACUUGUUUGCUCAUUCAACAAUUGCAAAUACAAAAAUAUUUUCAAUUUAGUCAACAAGCGUGAUUGGAAAUCUUUAUUUGAUCUCAACGCCUUUCUAAUGUAUGCCGGAUUUAUAGCAUUUGUUGCAAUUAUGUCUGCAUUACCGAUUGGUAGGCUUAUUGACGGUCAACAAACCAAAACUGGUCGUCUGCAGUAUCGCAUUAACGGAUUUUGGACUCUUCUUUUUUCAAUAUCAGCCCUUUUUGGAUGUCACUAUUAUGGAUAUCGCGUCGAUGACAUUAUAAUUGGAAAAUUAAUGCCAUUAUCAGUCGUUGGCUUGAUUUAUGGGAUAAUAUUGUCCAUCGCUUUAUACAUAAAGGCUGGUCGAAUUCCCGUAUCAAACCUUAAUAUGUAUGCUGCCACCAACAACAGAAUCUAUGAUUUCUGGCAAGGCAAAGAAGUCAACCCCCGAGUUGGACCUUUGGAUAUCAAAUUAAUUUUAAUGAGAACAGCCUUGAUUGGAACGAUAAUUGUUAAUUUGGCUGCAAUCUUCAAAAUCUCUGAAAUUAAACUUGGCUGGAGCAACGUGGAUCCCGUUGCUAUAGCUGUAGUGUCAUUGCAAAUAAUUUAUGCUCUUGAUAGUCUGAUUUUCGAAGCUUCAUUUUUAUCAUCCUUUGAAGUUCUUUAUGAGGGAACAGGAUACAUGCUCAGUCUUGGAUAUUUAAUUUAUCCAUUCUUAACCAGCAUAAGCAUUAGAUACUUAUCUCAUCACAAAGUCCAGCAGCCCCUUUAUUUACAAUGCUUCUUCAUCAUCACUUUCAUCAUAGGGUAUGUGGUUUAUCGGCUUAGCAAUCAUCAAAAGGACAAAUUUAGGCAAAAUCCAUUUGAAUCGUCUGUAUCUAAACUAGAAAGUAUACCAACCAAGAGAGGGAAGCGUUUGAUUGUGUCAGGAUGGUGGGGAUACGUCCGGCAUCCGAAUUAUCUUGGAGACAUUAUAAUGCACUGGUCGAUUGCUUUUCUCUGUUUUUCCACUGAUGCAUUACCCUACAUUCUUGCAAUACAGACGACAUUAUUACUCAUUCAUAGAGCAGUAAGAGAUAACGCUCGGUGUCAAGAUCGCUAUGGAUACGCUUGGGAGCAAUAUUGCUCGCGCGUCAAGUACAGAAUAAUAAAAGGAAUUUUUUAAAAAACCUUGAAAAAUUGUGAAAAUCAAUAACUAUGCGUUCUUUGAAAUGCAUUUAUAAAUUGUGUAUGCAAUUUAAAAUUUAAUUGACAAACUGCUUGGAAAAUCCAAUUAUUCGAGCAUGACGUUUCGAGAGAUUUAGCAAAUUUCAUCAUAAUUAGAAGUAUUAUGAAAUUAAUAAAUGCAUUUCAAAAUGUUUAGACCCCAAGUGAGACCUUCAGCGGCCUUAGUGAAUGAACUUUUGGCGGGUCGCAUCAAUUGUGCAAAGGCAAAUGAGACUUUAAAAUUGACAUGAGCCUCUUUCGCACAUCAGAUCUCGUCAAACAUAAUUUUUAUAUAUUUACCCUUUACCUGUGAACUGAGAAUGUUUUAAAAAUUGGCAGAUAAUGAAUGAAGUAUUUGUGCAUGACAUUUUACUGUAUAAGAAUAAGCGAUGAGGAGUUUUAUACUUUUUUAUAAACAUAUACAUGUAUAAAAAAAUUUUUAUAUAUAUAUACAUAUACAUAAUGAUGUAAAAGUGGUGGCACUAUAUAGAUGACAAAUUUUUUUUCAUUAAUAAAUAAAAUUGCAGUUUGAUCCUCA